UCUAAAAAUACGCUAUCUUUAUUAAAUAUUAUAUUACAAAAAUAUCAGAAUGAGUAUACAGAUAGAAAAAUGUAGUUUACUUGUAUAAUAUCUAGAUUCGGUCGAUUGAACGCAAAAUUGUAUAACAAUGCUAUCAAAGCAAAAUUAAGGAUGAAGAGUGUCUAGUCGGUUUUAUAAUAAAUAUUAUGUAUUAUAUGACAAAUUAGGACUGUUAUAUCUAUUGCGUGAUGUUAGAAAAGCACGUGACUAUCGCCAAAACAGCUGUAACACACUUGAGAAAUGAUUUGAUUGUUACACGAUAUAUUUAACAUAAAACGGCAAAUUAACACUUAGCCAACCCAACGGGCUCGGUUGGCUAAGUGUUAAAAUCCAGAUUUCCGGAUAGGUAUAGCAUUCGUUGAAACGAGAUACUUCGACACGUUAUCUUAUUAACAGUUUUUGUUAUGGCGAUAAUGUCUGACAGCAAAAAUCAUAUGAGUAACAUGUCAGAAACGGAUAAUUUUCAAUUGCCUAUAGAUGCGAUUAUACACAUAUUAUCAUACUUGUCUACAUCUGACAGGAUGGCAGCAGGAUUAGUUAAUCGAACGUGGCAUGAAGCAUCUCUUGCUAUGAAGUUUUUAGAUGAAGUAGAAUUGGUACUUGGUCGACCACGUGCAGACAAUUUAAAUGAAGUGAUAGAGCUUUUACAGCAUUCUACAAGACCAUUUUACAACUUUGUUUUUAGAGAAGUAGAAUUAAAGAGGAAUAUGGCAAUUUGGGAUCAAUAUGGACCUCAUAUGAAAAGUCUAGUACUGUUGUGCUGUGAUCUAAGUGAAAAAACAUUGGUAGAAAUUUUUAAAUGCUGCAAGUCUUUGAGAAUAUUGCGUAUUAAUGGUUGCAGAGAGUCUCUAAUGUCUGGUAGACUUUUAGAAGAUGAGAAUGACAUAAAGGAACUCUCAGAAACAUUUAAAAAUGUCUAUGAACUUAGCCUUGGAUAUAACCGUUUCUUAAGUGAUGCACUUUUUAAUAGAUUAGUUGCCAUUUGUCCAAAUUUGGAAUCUUUAAGCCUUAUGGGCUGUCAGAUGACCUUUCAUUAUGGACUGUAUAAAAAAUUUUCCCAACCCAUAUGCUUCCCAUAUGCUUCAAAAUCAACGCUGACUUUUAUAAAUGCAUUAUACUAUAUUAGACAACAAGCUUAUAAACUGAAGCAUUUGAAUUUUAGCUAUACUUUGAUUGAUCCAUCUGCUUUAGCUAUAUUAUCAGGUCUACAAAAUCUGAGAUUAGAGUCUCUAAUAUUACAAGGAUGUGAUCAGUUAUCUAAUGACAGCAUUAGAGGAAUGACACAUUAUCAGACUUGUUUAAAAGUCCUUGAUAUUAGCUUUAGCGUGCGUAUCGCAGAUGACAGUUUACUCUGUAUUUGCAAAAAUUUGACAAAGUUAGAAAUACUUAGAAUAAAACGGUGCCGUGCAGUAACCGAUAUUGGUAUAAAGUAUAUUCAGUUAUUACAACAUUUAAAAGAACUCAAUAUUUCGGAAGACGAACAACUUACCGAUAAUUCUAUUACUCGUGGACUUUGCUCUGGUUAUAAUAUAAUAGAUGACAAUAAUAUGGAUCAAAAUAUUGAUGGAAAUAUCAAUUUUGCUCCUCCAGAAAAGAAUUGUGUUCAGAAAAGAACAGAAGAAAAGAUGAGAAAAGAGAAUAUGCGAAUACUAUCAGCAAAUGCACUGCGUAUUCAUGAAGAAUCAGUUGAAUGCAUAUCCAAAUUUUUUCCUAAUUUAAGGCAACUUGAACUUAGCUAUUGUUUUAGUGGCGUUACCGAUAAAACAAUACAGAUGAUAUUCAAGGAGCUUGUACAUUUGCAAACAUUAAAUAUAAGCCAUUGCGAUGAGGUCAGUGAUGCUGGCUUAACGGGUAUGGGUACUGGUAACCACAAAUAUGUCGAAAAAAUACAAGUUGCACAUAAUCCAGAAUUUACAAAAUCCAGAUUAAGAAUCAGUUUACGGUCAAAGGCUGAAGAAGAGAUAGUACGCGAUGCAGAUCGAAAACGAGAAAUCAUGAAGCUUUGCGAAAACGUAUCUAAACCUUUAAAUUCGUUUUCCGGAUACUCUUUGAUCAGACUUAAAUGCCUUCAAGAACUCGAUCUUUCUGGGUGCAACAGAAUUACUGAUGUCAGUUUAAAACACGCAUUCGCUUUUCCAGAAUUAAAGAUCUUAAAUCUAAGCCAGUGUCAACAAGUUACAGACAUUGGAUUGGAUUAUUUAUCAAAAAAUAAUCCAGCAAUCGAAUACUUAAAUCUGAACCGCUGUUACAAUAUAUCGGAUAUUGGUAUAUCAUAUCUUGUACAGAGAUUGCACAGAUUAAAACGACUUCUCAUACAGGGAUGUUCACAACUCACGGAUCAUACUCUCGACUCUAUUAAAUUGUAUUGCAAAAGUCUACAUUACCUAGAUACACGUUAUUGCCGGGGGAUGUCAGUGGCAGGUCUUGAAAGCUUAACACAUUUAUAUGUCGAUUGCCAUGAGCAUGCAGAUAUUGCUUCAGGAGAAAAUGAUAUAUUAUCACCACCGGCUCUGUCUUUACCAUCAUUAUCAUCUUUGCCAUAGAGCCGGUUUCAAUACCUUCUUUCGCAUUUUAAGGACAGGGCAAGGGAAAACUGAAGUAUUAUUUUAAAAG